AUGGAGCAGGCAAUUGAAAGAGAAGAUCCCUCAGAGAUCGAAAAGAAGAUCGACUCGGAAAGAUCAUCAACCUCUGGACGCACUCGCUCGGAAAUCGAAAACAUCAAUUCAAGACUCUGGCUCUCGGAAGAUGAAGCCUACCACCAUGCAAAAGCACACCCAGACGAAACUAGAGAGAUCUUCAUCACUUUUGGGCCAAAUGACAGGGACAAUCCUCGUAACUGGAGCAAAGCGCAAAAAUGGUACAUCACUUGCUUUGCGAGCUCGUUGAAUGUCUUGUCUUGUCUAUGCGCUGGUGGCUAUUCAUCUGGCGUUGGGCAGCUUGUUGAGGAGUUUGGUGUUUCUGAUGAAGUGGGAACUGUUGGACUUUCCAUGUAUAUUCUGGGCUUUGCGAUUGGUCCCAUGCUUCUCGCACCGCUCUCCGAGUACUUCGGUAGAAACCCUGUCUACUUUUGCUCGUGGUUCGUCCUCUUUAUCUUCCAGCUUCCUCUGGCUCUGGCACCCAAUAUUGCUACCGUCAUCGUAUGUCGAUUGAUCCAAGGAUUUGGCGGCUCGGCACCAUUGACCAACACUGGCGGUACCGUGUCAGAUGUCUGGGAGAGAAAUGCUAGCGGGCCAGCUAUGUCCAUCUACGGUCUUUCUUCGACAUUCGGACCACCCAUGGCACUCGUCAUCUCUGGAUACAUUGCACAAGAAAAAGGCUGGCGCUGGUUGUUCUGGGUGUACAUGGCCAUCUUUGGCGGCGUUUGGCUCAUCAUGAUGGCCACUCUGCCCGAAACUCGUCACAGCACCAUUCUAGAGAGAAAGGCCUCUCGCGUGCGCAAAGCACUGAAGAAAGAAGGACUCGACAAUUCUGCUAAACGUGUGUUUGAUGCACAUGCAGACGAGUCGAAAAGUCUACAUACCUUGUUCGCCAUCACACUGACCCGACCAUUCCGCUUCUUGUUCACCGAACCCAUCACUAUUGGUGCUGCUGCAUAUAAUGGAUUCAUCUACGGCUUGGUCUACCUCUUCAACGAAGCCUUCCCUCUGGUAUUUGGCAAGAACCAUGGCUUCAAUGUCGGUGAACAGGGUCUUUGUUUCCUGGGUCUGGCCAUGGGAAGUGUAGUCGGCGUUGCCAUUUACCCUCUCCAAGAACGCUAUUACCUCAAGAAAGUGGCCAACAACGAUGGCAAAGGUGUUCCUGAAGCUAGAAUCUGGUUGGCCAGAUUUGGCGCUUUCUUGCUUCCCAUCAGUCUGUUUUGGUUCGCGUGGACAUCCUUCCCCAGCGUCCACUGGAUCGUCCCCAUCAUCGCCUCCGGCUUCUUUGGCCUAGGCAUCUACAUUGUCAUUCUCUCCAUCCUCAACUACGUCGUCGACUCCUACCAAACCUACUCUGCAUCCGCGCUCGCCGGAGUGAUUCUCAUUCGCAAUCUUGUAGGAGCUGGCUUCCCUCUGUUCGCAAACCAGAUGUAUAACAAGUUGGGGUAUGAGUGGGCGAGUAGUUUGUUGGCGUUUUUGAGUAUCAUCAUGAUACCUAUUCCGUGGUUGUGGUUUUAUUAUGGCGAGAAGUUGAGGUUGAAGAGUCCGUAUGCUAGGGAGCAUUUUGCGCAGGAUGAGGAUGCGCCGCAUUGA